ACUGUAAAAUGGUCUAUUGUUCAAGAUAAGUUACUUCUAUUUCAAAAUUGUUCUGUCGUGUUGUUUAUGAUUGGUUUUCUUCCUUCCAUUUCGAAAAUUAUUAGUUUGCGACGGAAAGCUCUUCAACAUUUUAACAAAACAAGUAAAACGGCUGCAGUUACACAGUACGAUACGCCAGAAGCAAUGGCGACGAACCAACUCGAAAAUAUUAGUACCUGUAAUACUCUUUUGUUCGCAUUCAAGCCGCAUUGAAGACAGCAUAACCUUGCUUUUCUGUUUUCACGCACACGUGUUUCAUAACAACAAGACCUAUCCCAUAAUACUUGUUACAGGCAGCCACAGGCAGCCCAGCAGACACUACAGUACCCAGUCUACCUGCCGAAGGAUUUAUAUUCCCGGAGGUCUAUCACGUGUCAUCUCGUUCUCAAAGUGACUGACUGACUGACUGACUAACUGACUGACUGACUAACUGACUGACUGACUAAUUAACUGACUGACUCACUAACAAUCAAGAUUUGCCUGACUUAGUGGUCUGUAUGGAUAAAAUGCAUAAGACCACAAAAAUUAUAUGUUCUGUAUUCAGUUGUGUUAGGUAAUACAAGGGGUAUGCUAAGCCAAACCCAAGUUUAUUUGUCUGUCUAGUAAUCAACAGGUAUAUCUCCUUCAUAGAAAUUAGGAGCCUAAUAAAAACCUAUUUUCCCUUAAUUGCCAAUAAGUAUCCAAUUUGGCCAGAUUAGAAAAAAACGUUGAUUCUUGCUGUGGGUUGCCUUGAUUGUUAUUUUCCUGUUCAGUUGGCCUGCGUAUUUUGCCCCGAAAAGAGCAAAAUUCAACCUUAAAUUACACUUUUUACGAACGCUAGCGAAAUCAUAAGCGUGGCUGGAAAAGCAAGCUCAUAUUACUAAUAUAUCAUUUCGUAGCUGUUAUUGACUGUUGUCAGAUCCGCAUGUUAUUUAAACCUGAAUUAUAGGAAAAUUUUCAAAAUUAUACGCUUCGAUGAUGUUGCGUGAAGUAAAAAUGAACGUCAGUUUUGUGGAUCAGAAAGUCAAUCUGGUACAUGGAUUCACCUGCCAAAACUAUCGUUUUGUGGUUAAAAUUAUCUCUGAAUUAAAGCUUUUACCGGAAAUCUGCCUUGGGUAAUCGCCUGAUUUUCUGUCCUUUCACGCCGUCAUCACACCUAAGCUAAACUUGAAUAUUCUCAAAUGAUCACGUGAAACCAAUUCUUUUGGUGCGUGUUAACUUCAAGUGCUUUAUGCCGUGUUAUACGGAGUCUAUAAUGCCAUUAUACUCUUUUGUCGUCUUCUUUUCAUGUACAGUCCACAAGUUUUAUCUUCGUGCUGGGCAUGCCACAAACGUUCCUGUAAUCAAUUCAAAGACAUAAUAUUCUCUUUACAGAUUAAUGAUCUGGACUGACGUGGGAACCAAUCCGAAGAUUGAAAAGGCUUCUCUGAGUGGAAAUCAAAGAGUCACCGUCGUCACAACGUUCCUCUAUCUGCCAAAUGGCAUUGAACUUGACAAAGGAGGCAAACGUAUAUUUUGGGUGGAUGCAGGGUAUGAUAGAGUGGAAACUGUCGACUAUAAUGGCAACAACAGAAAGAUACUUUUUCAGCUAGCUGGCUUACACCCCUAUGGCGUUGUCUCGAUUGCCCCUUUCCUGUUUUUUACCGAUUGGAAUACGCAUCAUGAGGUUCACAAACUGGACGCUACCACUGGAAAUGUGCUCCGCAGCUAUAGCAUCAACGGUGGACAACCUACGGGGAUCAUAGCAUAUGACAGCGCCCGACAACCCUCAGCAUCAAGUCCUUGUGCGGUAAAUAAUGGAGGAUGCAGUCAUUUUUGUGUAACGAAAACGUCAGGUUACGAAUGUGUAUGUCCCACUGGUUUGACUGUGAAGCAAGACGGCAAGACAUGCGAAGAUAGAGUGACGAAGUUUAUCCUCUUUGCUGACGCCGAUGACAAAUCCACGAAUUUUAUUUCACUGGAUGUUAACUAUUUCGUCUCUCAAACUUUCUUUAACCAUCUUGGAAAUCAACGCCCUAUCGCACUGGACUUUGAUCCUGUUGAAAAUCGAGUGUACUGGUCAGACGUCGACCAUGGACGAAUUUUCAGCGCUUUUUCAAACGCAACCUCCUUAAAAACUUUGUUUCACUGUAAUGUGCAAACACCCGACGGUUUAGCCAUCGACCAUGUGGGACGAAAUAUUUAUUGGACUGAUACAGGGACCAAUAGGAUUGAAGUUGGUCGGCUUGAUGGCACACGUAGAAGAGUACUAAUUAAAGAUGGACUUGAUGAGCCCAGGGCGAUUGUCCUAUUUGAGAGAAUUGGCAAAAUGUAUUGGACAGACUGGGGCGCCAAUCCAAAGAUCGAGCACGCUGAGAUGGACGGUUCAGCGAGGCAAACCAUUAUAACUGGAAACCUAGCCUGGCCAAAUGGGCUCACUAUCGAGCAAGCUACCAAUCGCUUGUUUUGGGCUGAUGCCAAGCUCGACAAAAUUGAAUCGUCGGACCUUACGGGAGGAAACAGACAACUUAUAAUGUCAUCCUCAGCUAAUAUCCAUCCUUACGGACUAGCGGUGUAUCAGGACAUGCUAUACUGGACUGAUUGGAAUACCAAAAGCAUUUCACGUUUCAAUUUAAGCAGUGGAACCCAGGAAGAAAUAGUUAAUGGCCUUCAUAAACCAAUGGACAUUCACGUAUUUGAUCCGUCCUUGAUAUUUUCAGGGCCUCAUAAUUGUUCUCUGAAAAAUGGACUAUGCAGCGAUUUCUGCCUUUUGAAGCCGGGCGGAUAUCAAUGUGCUUGUCCGACGGGCGUUGCACUGAAAUCGGAUGAGAAAAACUGUGACUAUGGAAUAUUCUACAAAGCAAGUUCAGGGAAGUUCAUGAUCAUCGCUGAAGCGUAUGUGGGAGAAAUUUACAAGAUUCCUCUCGAGGUACCAGAGACCCCUUGCUCUCCACUGGGAAUCAACACAAACAUAUCGCGUCCAGUGGCCGUGGAUUACGAUCCAGUAGAAGGAAAGGUUUAUUGGACAGAUGUGACCUUAAAACUGGUAGCCAGAGCAUUUCCUAACGGGUCUUCAGUUGAAGUGAUCGCGCACAAUAAUGUUGAGACUCCCGAUGGGCUUGCAGUGGAUUAUGUUGGACGAAAUCUUUAUUGGACCGACCAGGGAACUAGUAAAAUUGAGGUGGCACGGUUGGAUGGGUCAUUCAGGAGGAGUCUUAUAAUAACAAGUAUUGGAUAUCCAAGAGCCAUAAUACUCGAUAUUGCGGAAAGAAAGAUGUACUGGAGUGACUGGGGAUCAUCGCCAAAGAUUGAACAAGCCAACAUGGACGGUUCUGCCAGGAAAACUCUUGUUAGUUCCGGACUAACGUGGGUGAACUCGCUCGCUAUGGAUUACCAAAAUAGAUUGCUGUACUGGUGCGAUGCGAGCCUUGAUAAAAUUGAGAGGGUGGACUUACAAGGAAAUAAUCGCGUGUUAAUACUAGAUUUAUCAUUGGAUUCUAUGCACCCAUUUGGACUGGCUCUAUUUGGCGAUGCUCUCUUCUGGUCUGACUGGCAUAAUCAAAGCGUUCACAAGUACAACAUGACAACUUCUCGAAAUGAGGUCGUUUUUGGCGGAAUGGGACAACCAAUGGAACUAUACAUUUAUGAUCAAGCCAGAGACUUUUUUGGAUCCACCAGUUGUUCGCAGUUGAAUGGAGGAUGCAGUAAUCUAUGUCUUCCAAAUCCUCAAGGCCAUCAAUGCUUUUGUCCAGAGGGAGUAGAGCUGAAGCCUGGUGAUGCCUAUACUUGCCAAGGAGUAAAUCGCUGUCCUCAGUUGGGUGCACCAGCCCACGGAAGCUUAGCGCCCUGUACCAAUUUGCCAGGACACAGCUGUUACUUUUCCUGUGACAGUGGGUACAACCUAACUGGGUCAGCAACACGGACAUGCAACAGCCAUGGAGUAUGGACUGGGACGCAGCCUCAGUGUAAUGGUAAAAUGCUAAAGCAACUCUUCUUUUAAGCGAAGUGACCAACCCUGUGUUUUUCAAGGUGACAAAAACAAUGUUUAUCCCCGCAUAAAAUCUUGGAAAGCAUUUUUAACAGAAUUGAUAUAAGUUUUAAAGAAACCACAGGACAGUUUUAAAUGACAAAACAUGUUAAUUUCGGAUGUGAAACAUAUUUUGCCAUUAAAAGACUGACGUUUGCUCUCUUAGCUAGAAUGCAUCUAUAACACUACCGGGAAAAAAAAAAAAAAAACCUAAAAGGUUUUUUUAGAUUUUUCGUAUCUAUCAUUAUGUCUACAUUUAUUUGCUACUGUUGGACAUCUACUACUAUGGAAUUUACGUACUUGAGCCGAGUAUUACGUCCACUGAACGUAAAGGGCCGCUCUCAUGUGGCUUUGAUAGCUCAGUUGGGAGAG